UGUGGACUUUGGGAUGGAGUGGACAUAUGUUUUAUGUAGGUGACGUCAGCGGUGUGUCUUAUGUUAUUUUAUGUACAACUUCAGUCAGAUUUGAGCAUCCCAUCGACUCAGGAUAAAGGCAAUACAAAUCAAUACUAAACAAACAUGCACAUUUUGGUUCGUCGAUAUAAAGCUUCUGAUCAAGAAGCCAUUGAAAUGAUUUACCCAGUGGCAAUUAAGGAACACAUCAACCCUGCAUUCCUAUACGCCAUGACCCAGCCUCUUCACAUCACUAUAAGUCUGUUUAUUUGCAUUGGUGCUUAUCUGCUCGGCGGGUCUGUUAUUUUGGCCCUAAUAUCUGGAGGAGCCUGGGUUGGCCUGGUGUACUUUUGCUGCUAUGAGUUUUACGCUUCUUAUGUCCGGAAGAGACUGCGUACAGACAUGAAGGACAUUCCAGGUCACUAUCUCAGCAAUCCAGAUAACUGCUUCUGGGUUGCUGAAGCUGAGAUGGAUGGUAGGCAUCGGAUUUUGGGUAUGGUGGCUGUGGAAGCCAAAGAUGACGGCGACGGAAAGAGGAAUGGAGAGCUUUUACGAAUGAGCGUGUUGUCCACCUGUCGCCGUGCUGGUCUCGGUCGACAGCUGGCUAAAACCGCCGAAGACUUCUGCAGGGAACGUGGCUUUACAAAGAUCAAACUUUCCACCUCUUCUGCUCUAAGAGCAGCCGUGGCAUUUUACUAUAAGAUGGGCUUUAAACUGGUCCUGGUUAAUACUCAAACUGAGAGACCAAAGUGGUUGGUCUGGAUGACUCGACUCAAAAUUUUAAACAUGGAAAAGAUCAUGUGA